AAUUUGGUAAGUGGAGGCGCCUUACCAUUGCAAAUCAAAAACUAAAUGCUAUCGUAUAUGAAAAAAUAUAUUAAAAAUAACUUAAGUAUUAAUCGAAACCGAGACUUCAUUCUCUUCACUUCACUCUCUUCACAUUCCUCAAAAUCAAAACCGACUCAUCGAAGUUCUUCAGAGUUCUCUCGAGUCGAAGCUUCAAUUGGUAUGAGUUUCGAUUUGAUUCUGAGUUUAGAAUAGAGACUGGUUCUCUCGAGUCGAAUCUCUUUGAUUUUGGGUUUCUCUUUGAUUCAAAUCUCUUUUCACAUGCAUGUCCGCGUUAACACAUGAUUCGAUUUUGAUUGUGGGUUUCGAUUAGGUUUCGAUUAGGUUUUGAAUAUGAUUGUGGGUUUCGAUUAGGUUUUGAAUAUGAUUGUGGGUUUCAGUUUGAUUUUGAAUAUGAUUGAAGGUUUCGAUUUGAUUUUGGGUUUAGAUUUUUUGAUCGAAUGGCUUGAUUUGAUUUUGGAUUUGUUUAUCAGUUUCAGAAAUGGCAAAGACAAGAGGACAAGUUGGUUCUCGUCGGAGUAAACGUAAUCAAGGCUUGGAGGUAGUAGAUCAAGAGGACAAGGCACCGCAACUAAAAGUGAAGAAAAGAACAGCAAAGAAAACGGCUUCCCCUAAAAAGAAUUUAGUUUUAACGCCAACGAGAAGAAGUAGUAGAAUCAAGAAAGUGGCUGCUGAAGAUGAUUACAUAGAAGAUGUAACACCAUCUAAGGAUGAUGAGGUAGAAGAUGUUACACCUCCUAAGGAUGAUGAAGUACAAGAUGUAACACCUGCUCAGGAUGAUGAAGUAGAAGAUGAUCAGGCUGAGAAGUCAAUGUCUGAAGAAGAUAAAGACGAUGAAGAGGAUGUCAAUGGGAAAGAGGAUGAAGAAGAUGGCGAUGUCAAUGGGAAAGAGAAUGAAGAAGAUGGAGAUCUCAAUGGGAAAGAGAAUGAAGAAGAACCGGCCAAUAUGGAAGAUGAUGGAGUUCUUAAUGAGAAAGGGAACGAAGAGGAAGCUUGCGAAGAAGAAGCUCGCGAUAUGGAAGAAGAUGGCACUGCGCAAGAUGAUGAGAUUCCUAGUACUGAAGGAGUUGAGCUAGCAGGGGAGGAAGUUUCAAAAAAAAAUAAAAGAGGACCUACAAAGUUGCGUAGAGUGGCUGAAAAUCCCAAUGAUAAGAUUAUGGUCACAUUCAAUGACAUUGGUGAGCAUGUUGGACCUGGUUCAGUAACCCUAUCGUCGUUUCUUGGUCCUCUUGUGAGGGAACAUGUUCCGGUUACACUUGCCGAUUGGAGAAAACUUGAUGCAGCGACUAAAGCAACAAUGUGGGAAGAAAUUCAGGGGAGGUUUAACUUGCAAGAAGAGUGGCAGAAAGCUGUUAUUUUCAAGCAGCUGGGAAAUGUGUGGAGGGCUGGGAAGUCAAGGCUGGUGUCACAAGUACGUGUGGCGAAGACUGCAGCUGAGAGAAUAGCUUUAAAACCGAGCAACAUCCCAUCCCUUCAACUGUGGAACACUUGGGUUAAGAGUAAGACUACCAAAUCUUUCACAGAAACGAGUAACAAGUACAGAGCGAUGAGAAGAAAUCAGAUUCCUCACACCACCAGCCGCAAAGGAAUGCUUCGUUUAGCUGAUGAUAUGGUAAAAGAGUAGUCAAACAUCUACAUAUUGUAGAUCAGCUUGUUAGAUUAAAAUGGUAGUGAGAUAUGUUUGUUUUCAUAUAGAAAAAAAAGAGUAAAGACCCAAGUAAGGUGAGUAGAUCCAAGGUUUGGAUUGCGGGACACACUCAUGCUGAUGGCAGACCUGUGAAGCCCCAGUUUGCUGAGACUAUUGUAAGCAUUAUGGAAGUUGUAUAUUGUGUAUAGUUAAUAGACUAUGGCAAUGAAUGAUUUUGUGUUUAAAUGAUUGUAUCAGGAACAAAUACAGUCACUUGACAGUCGGAUGGACUCCACAUCAGCUGCUGAUAACAUAAGGGAAGAUGCUGUGAGCAAGGUUUUGGGAAAAGACAAACCUGGACGAGUAAGGGGCUUUGGUAGAGGGAUUACAGCUAAUAAGCUAGCAUAUCUUCGAGACGCUAAGAUUGCAGAAAUGAAAAGUGAGAUUGAAGAGUUAAAGGGGAUGGUGCGAGAAUUAGCUGAGAAGAAGGUAAUCCUUUUCAUUACCUUUGGUGAAUUAGUUUGAAGACAUUUACGAUUUCCGUUGCCUUUUCUCAGAAAAGUAAUGUUGAUGCUGAAACAUCUGAGAGUAGUGUUGGAUUCAAAGAAAGAGUCAGAGUACAAAUACUGGAUUGGAUUGAAUCAGAGGAUGUUGUUGUUGGUGAAGGAGAAUUCUGCUCUGCUGAACCGAAGUACAAAAUUGGUCGUAUACCAAUUGGUCCUAAUGCAGUGGCUAUCGUAGUUAAGUAUGCACUAAGCGCAUCAGCUUCACUCUGGAGGCCUACUACGGAUGUGUUAACUCUUGAUGAAGCUGUGGGAUACAAGAUAUCUUGGCCAAUGGAUAAAGUGAUUUUGGAUAAGGAUCCAAACUGUUCUGAAGAUUUAUCUAUGGUAAAUUUUCAAAUCUUGUUUUCUUCUUACAACAAUUGAGUCAUCUCUAAUCAUUACUAAAAUUUCUAAUUUCAAAUCUUGUUUUAGCAAAGCAAGGAAGGUGAAUAUCGAAGAUGCAAGAUAUAUGAUUGGACCAAUGAUGGGGACGAGGUCAUUGCUGAAGGUCUCGUGUGCUCUUCAAAAUCCAAAGACAUGGUUAACAACAUACCUCUGGGUCCCAAUGCUGUUAGUGUCGAAGUAGUGAAGGUGUUCAAUGAUCAAGCAUAUUUGUGGAGGCCAACCGCUGAUAUGUUCUUGAUUGGUGAUGCACUUAGCGAGAAAAUAGCAUGGCCAGUCCUAAAGGUUGAAGUCAUGCCUACACCUGCUACAGAAGUAACACCAACUAAAUGUGCAGGGAAGAAAAUAGCAUCACCUUCGAAGCCAGCCAAGAAAAAAGCAGUGGUAUGUAAUUGACAUGAAGUUAAAUUUUUUUAUUUGCCUGAUGAUUGAUGUUGCGUCCUUGAUUGAUGUUGGAACUUGCUUCUGUCAUCUUGUUUGAGUUGUAGAGUCCAGGCAGCACUAGUUCGACCAGAAGUCCGAAGCAGAAGUGCACUCUCUUGGAUUGCAACAACUCUGGACGUAAGGUAGCUGAAGGAAGGGUAGCUUCAACGGAUCCGAAUGAGUUGUGCCACUUUGUACCCCUAGGUCCAAAUGCAAGCAAGGUGUGGAUUGAUGUGGCUAAGAUCGGUGAUGCAAAAGUCUGGAGGCCAAAUUCAGAGAUUGAAUACAUAUCUGAUGCAAUGGGUUCGGUUGUGGCAUGGCCAAAUGACAAAAUCAAGUUUGUCUAAAAUUGUCGUCUGAAACAUUUUUCAAGUUGGUUCUCAUCGGCUAUGUAUUUCUAGUGUGUGAUCGAAUGUUUAGGUACUUUUUUACUCGGUUGAAAUCAUGUAUGAUAUUAUGUAACAGUUAGCAGACAAAAAAACAAAAAUUAUGUGUUAUAUUAUGAUAUAAGGUUAUGUGUGAAAAUGUUUAGCUUGUUAACCCCUAUACCCUUAAGUGCAUAAUUUUACAUUAAACCAUAAGCUUUAAAAAUUAAAUCCACAGACGGGAAGACCAAAAAUUAAAAUC